CAGGAAGGCACCGCAUUGAAUUUUUAUAGUCUACUUUCUCUCUCUCUCACUUACUCUCUCCAUUGCAUUAGGCAUUGCUCAUCACUGCAUCAUGUUUAGUGGCGUUAUGGAAGCGAUCCAAGGCAUUCCUCGGAGCGAUGUUGACCUUCGUCUCGAAAUGCUGAGGACGGUUCAAAAGUUAUUUAAGCUAGACGGAUCAAGUUCUGACAUAUUUAGGCGAGAAGGCGGAUUUGUCAGCUUAGUGUCAAUGAUCAUCGCCUUGGAAGGGGCCUUUGAAGAUCCACAACGUUAUUUUGGAGACGAUAAUAUCACUUUGGAAGAAGCUACAGACAAGCUUAUCUUGUUGUUGCAAACCAUCUUUAGCAUCUUGGCAGAAUCUAUGCACCGCUCCGAGAUGAACAAACAGUACUUUAUGAAGGACGUCGGUUACAGAGCAAUCGAGAAUGCUAUUAUUUUGACAGGUGCUCUUGUUCAGAGACAUAUAGCCGAGCGUGUAUUCGGUAUCUUGCUUAGUUUUGUGAUUGAAAGUGAAGCAGUUUUAGAUAUCUUUAUAUCAGUGACCAAUGACCAAGAUAACACAAGUGGCUCGGCAGAGGAUGAGAUGUACGUGGAAAAAAUUGAAUCGAUGCUGAGCCAGUCGACAGUAGUUUUGGCAAAUCCCGAAAUUAUACCCACCAUACUACAUCUUCAAAAGGCAGCUUCAGCUCAUAAACAGCUCUGCCGUGCUGUUCUAAGCGCUCUCUUCGCAUUAUCUCAAGCAAGUCGAGGAAAUCAGGUCAAACUGAAUAGAAGUGGACUAUUAUUGGCGUUGCUACAAAGGGUAUUUCCAGAUAAUGAAACGGAGGAUGUGGAAGAGGAUCAGGAUAGAGGGAUCAUGCUCAACCUGAUGAAGAAUUUAAUGAAUAUGGGUAUCAGUUCCAAUGAACUCCGUUAUAUAUUCAAGAGAUUUGAUCUAAGCACAGAAAAUAAUCAAUCAAGCGACGUGCUGGAUUUGAUAUUACAUGGUGCAUCUGGAAGUCGGUGGCCAGGGUUUAUCCAGUUCAAUGAUCCCACCAAUUAUCUCGAAAUCCCACAGCUUGCCAACUUUCCACCUCCUAAUCCAGGUUAUACACUCUUGUUCUGGCUACAUAUCGAAAAGCAAAAUGAUGUAUCUAGCUUGCCUUUAUUUAACGUAUGGAGUGAUCAACAACAAGUGUUUAGAGUCUUCAUUGAUGCCAGAUCAAAGAUGCUGCUGGUUCAGUCUUCUUAUUCAAAACAGCCAGUUCUCUUCAAAUCAUUCGAGUUUCACGUCGGAUUUUGGUACCAUCUUGCUCUUGUUCAUAACAAAUCACGACUCUCUCCUCGACUGAGCUCUAUCAGCAUGUAUGUAAAUGGAACCUUUAUUGAGAAAGUGGCAUGCUCCUAUAUCCCACAGUCUUCCAUAUCUUUUCCACUUAGAGCAACCAUUGGUUAUGCACCAGGAAACAUCUUAAAGAAACAACACUUGAUAUGGAAUCUUGGGCCCACAUAUCUUAUACAGGAUACCCUAGAAAAGGAAACAAUCAAUUUGUAUUUUAGCCUAGGACCUCGUUAUCGGUCUUUAUACCAAGACUCUUUACGUCAAUUUCAAACUUAUGAAGCAACGACAUCACUUUAUUUGACAAUUCGCAACAUGUCAAAGGGUCGACGUAGUGACAGUUCGGAUCAACAAUUAUUAACGAGCAUACUUGAUGGAUCUGCUUUUCAAAUGGUUCCUGAAAAUAAAAUUGUGUUUGCUUUCUCUGCUUACAACACACUUAGUGAAGGCGCCUAUAGUGGGUUGACUUUGACUGGCAUGAGUUUGGCUACACGGCAAACUAUUAUUGCAGAAAAUAAUAACUCUAGAAUGAUCAUCAAUGCUGCUGUUCCCAAGCUGGACAUUGCAGUCUAUAGACCAAAUAGCAUGGGAUACUUGAUUGGAGAAUUAAUAGUUGCAUAUCCGCUUGGUUUGGAUGAAUCUAUAUGUAAAAUUGGUGGUUGUGCAGUUGCCUUGAAGCUGAUUGAAUACUCACAGACUGCGCAGAAUCUAUGCAAAGCAACUGCAUUUCUAUUUGAAACCAUUCGAUACUCUUGGCGUAAUUCUGCAGACAUGGAGCGUUGUCAUGGCUAUGAAAUAUUAGCUUACAUUUUAAAGCAAAAGAGAGAUAUAAUUACCUUGGAGCUGCUUGAGCUCUUAUUGGUUUUUAUAGGAAAAAACGCACAGCAACCAGAGAACUCUAUUAUUAACAACCCCUUAGUAUAUCGAUAUGUUGUAUUAAACUUUGAGAUUUGGAAGAAGACUUCACUUGAAGUGCAGAAAGCACAACUGGAUCAAUUUAACUUGUUCUUAAGCACUAGCAACUUUAGAGCCUUUAAUGUUAAGCGGUUACAAAAAAUUCAUCUUGUGAAGAAGCUUCUCUUGGCUUUUCGUAUGAAUAUCUAUUCCAAGGAACUUGUGCCGUAUGUUGUAAAAGCAUUAAAAGCUGUCAUGCUAAGCAAUUGGGAUACUGAGGGUAUCAGAGCCAUAGCUACAUUCUUAGCAUCCACUGUGUCACAAGGAUCCAUGAAUACUACAAAGAGUAACCGCUUGCGUUCAGAUAGCACACAUUCAACAUCUAGUUCAGUAACAAUAGACGAGGAUAUCCCUGCGACCACUGAUAUUCUUUUGGACGCUAGACAGGCAGGAAGAUUCAAAAAGAAUGCUCAAAUAUGCAAUAUUGUAUUAGAAAUGCUCCAUGAUAUCCUGUGCGAUAAGUCUAUAGAUCCAGAAUAUAUUAAUCGAUUUGCAAGUACUAUUACCAAUAGAUGGCCACUGUUAUUCUUUGCGCCCAAUACAAAUCCGUUUACAGCAUUGUUGGCCAUUCGUGUCUUGGCAAGACUGUUUAUUUCUCAAGGGCCAAGUUACGUUGGAAAGUUCAAGUCAGCCUCAGAUGGCUUCUUGAUAUUACGCAAGUUAUUACCUGCCUACUGGAACGUUGCGCAAAUUCAUGAGACACUCAUACUGUUAAUGAUGGGAAUGGAUGUUGCCGAUUAUCCCCUGCAACCUUUCUCUGGUAUUAAUGGAUUGCGAAGAUGCCUGCAGAGCGAUAGGGACAGCAAGAUGGUUAUCCCUGAUGUACUUCCUAUUGUCCUUACAAUGUGGGAUGAAGCAAGAAAAGCCGUUGGACUACCAAAGAUUACAACAUUUCCACCCAUGUUGGGUCGUCCAGGUCGCAAGAGAAGCGACAGCAUAGCAACUCAGACAAUGAAAAGCAAUGAUGGGAAGGAAAUGACUAAAUCUACCAUAAAGCAGACAAUGGAUGAAUUCGUACUAUUGGUAGACGAAUUGUAUGACAAAAGGCCUCUCUUUAAGGAAGUCUGUAACAAGCAAGAGACACAAGAUUUCUUUAUUCAAGUUUUGUUUCUAAACGUAUGUCAAACAAAUAGCAUGCUAGCUGAAGACGAACUGAGUUCGAAAGAUGCUGUGCUCGCGAAUGCCGAAAUAGAUCCAGCUACACCAUCAUCUGCCAUAUCUUCUCCAGUGGAUGGAUCAUCGUAUUUUGGACGCAGUAGUGGUGCUGAUGAUACUGCUUCUAUUGAUAGCGCAACAAUAUCACCAGGAAGGAUGAUUAAGCGUGGCGGUACUUCCGCACUAACAACAAAGACAUCACCACAUGUUUCCAGACGUACACAGACAUUUACAUUGCGUCUGAAAUCCGCUUCAUGGAGUCAAAACAGCUUCUUUCAAAAUACAAGGUCACUUCAAGAGCCUGUGUCUGACCCUUUAUUAGAUUUUGUUGUUAAAGUGUGUGUUCAAUCCAUAUUCAACCCUCAGGAUAAAAGCCAAACCGGUCUAUCAUUGGUCAUGAACGCCUUCCCUCCCAGUACGCAUGAACAGCAACUUUACUUUGAAAGCUAUCUUAUGACACACAUUGCCCAAAACGUGAAAAGCGGACUACAACUGGAUGAAGAAUUGCUUUUGGAUCAACGUAUCUUGAACAAUGUAGCUAAAUUUGGGCAAAUUGCAGCCGAUGCAGCUAUCCAGGGUCGUUUUAGAGUUGGAGGUAUUGAGCAAACUUAUGAUCUUCUGGCUUCUAUUCUUGAAAUUCUGCACUCUGACAGUCUUUACAGCCGAUGCAGUGCAAAUGAUACCUCAAUAGUCACUAUUUAUAGAUCGUUUAAUAGAAUGAUAUUGGCAAAGAUUUCUGAUUUGGAAUACGGAGACAAUCCAAUGAAAGUAGCUGCUUUCCUAGAUUAUUGUAUUCAUCACCAAAAGAUCAUAUUAAGCGCAAAGAAUACAGACGGCGAGUUUCUGAGGUGCUUUUGCUAUCAUUUGUACUACUAUUUGCAGUCAACUAAUGGACAAGUUAAGGAUGCUGCUGCGAAUAUAUGGAAGCUGCUCCUCUUACAAAAGCCUGAGGACAUAGCCUUGUUAUUUGCUGUUCGAAUCAAGGGCUUUGAAUGCGAUGACCUGAACGAUGGGUUUAGACAGAUGCUGGAAAUGGACCUAAAUUCGUUCUAUACCUGGUUAGACUCAAGAAAGGUGGAGCUCAAUGUUUUGUUUAAUGAAUAUGUUUGUAAAUCAUGGGAGCAAUUCAUAGUUCAAGAGCUAAAGAACAGCAGGGAAAUGUUGAAAAAUUAUGUAGCAAGACGUAUAAACAAGCUGAGAAGAAUACAGAGACGCGAGAGCCAUGAGCGCGAAGUGCUAAGUGAAUAUACUAAGAAAAGCACCACUUGGUCCCAAGAGAUUCAAGAAGUAGAGACAAAUCGAUUUAUGAAGGCGCUACAGGACUUUGAAGGGCAUGAAAACUUUAUUCAUAAUGAAUGGAUCCGAAUCUCUGAAGAUUUGACUCGUGAGCGUGCCAUCUGGGGUCCUGAGAAAGCGAGGAAUAUCACCUGGAGACUAGAUAAUACUGAAGGACCAAACAGAAUGAGAAAAAGACUACAGUGUGUUUCUAAUGUGACACAUCAGCCAUAUCUUCCUAAACUGGCAUCUCGCUCUAAGCUGUCUCCUUUAUCAACAUCAGUCGGAUCAAGCCUUAAAAAGAAAACAGCUGCAGAAUCUAAAACAAGUCCAAAAGACAGCGCUCAACAAACAGAAAAGGCUUCAGCCGAUUCAGAUCAUAGCCUAAUAGACGAUGAAUUAUCGGAUAGCCAUGAAGAUAAUGACGAGCAAUUGUUCUAUGAAGAAGACAAAAGUCGCAAAGUUCUCCGAUUGCUUGAUCAAGGAGAUAUGGUAUUAGAUGUAUAUAAUGUCAGUCAAAUAGCCGGAGUGGAUGCAUGUGAGGGCCUACUGCUGCUUUGUAACAAUAAUAUUUACUUGAUCGACAAUUUCUUCCAACGAAGUGAUGGCGAAGUUGUGGAAAUAUGGGAUGUGCCUAAAGAAGAAAGAGACCAAUAUUUACUGCUUAUCGCAAGAGCAGCUGGAAUGGAAACAGAGCAACUGGAGAAUACAACAGGUGAACAUACUUGUAGAAAAUGGUCAGCUGCCGAUCUUCGCGAUGUCUUUAAACGUCGCUUCCUGUUUCGAGAUGUAGCACUUGAAAUGUUUUUCAAAGACGGUCAAAAUGCUUUGAUUACAGUUGCCCUCUCGGAACGAGAUGAACUCUAUUCCAAAUUAGUAGCUCGUAUAGAGUCUCAUGAAGAAUCAGCUAAUACCAUAUUCCAAGGUGAAAUUGAAAACACAUCAAGUCUUAGCAGUACAUUUAGACUAUCAAGCUUAUUUGGUACGUCAACACUGAAUGACUUGGUCCAAAGAUGGGAGCGAAGAGAGAUAAGCAAUUUCCAAUAUCUUAUGUAUCUAAAUGCGAUCGCUGGUCGCUCAUAUAACGACAUAACCCAAUACCCCGUUUUUCCUUGGAUCUUGGCAGAUUACAAGAGUGAUGAACUAGAUUUAUUAAACCCAAAGACAUUUAGAGAUUUAACCAAGCCUAUGGGUGCACAAACGGAAGAAAGAAGACGAGAAUUUGAAGAUCGAUAUAGACAAUGGGGCGAGACAGGCGACCCGACACCUGCCUUCCAUUAUGGCACUCAUUACUCUUCUGCAAUGAUCGUUUGCUCUUUCUUGAUCCGUCUAGAGCCUUUCACUCAACACUAUCUCAAGUUACAAGGAGGUACGUUUGACCAUGCCGACAGACUUUUUGAUUCAAUCGGCAAAGCCUGGGACUCUGCUUCCGAAAAAAACAUGGGCGAUGUACGGGAACUCAUUCCGGAGUUUUUCUAUCUACCGGACUUUCUUGUAAAUGUAAACAAGUUUAAUUUUGGAGUCAAGCAAGGAUCUGGUGAAGCAAUUGAUUCAGUUGUAUUACCUCCUUGGGCACAUGGUGAUCCAAAGAUAUUCAUACAGAAGCAUCGUGAGGCACUUGAAAGUGAUUAUGUUUCAGCAAACCUACAUCAUUGGAUUGAUUUGAUAUUUGGAUACAAGCAACAAGGAAAAGCAGCUAUUGAAACACUGAACGUAUUUCAUCAUGUCUCAUAUGAAGGAGCUGUUGAUUUGGAUUCGAUUACGGAUAUAGUCGAAAAGACUGCUACCAUUGGCAUCAUCAAUAACUUUGGACAAACCCCUCGUCAACUAUUUAAAAAGCCCCAUCCUUCAAGAGGUCCUGCUGUAAGUGAUCCAUUAGCAUUAGGUUAUUAUGUAUUCCAGGAGCAUCUUGAGAAGCUAGUUCAAUCAGUUGCUCCACUACGAGAUAUAAAACAGCAAAUUGCAAGCAUAGGCAUAUAUAAUGAGAGACUUGGCGUAACAUAUUGUCAGCAACUACUCAUGCCUUCUGAUGGUAACCGUUAUAUAGAAUGGGGAUUUAGUGAUAACAGCCUUCGAUUAUACUCUACAGAAACCGGAAAGUUGCUGAACGUCUUUGAAAAUAUGCAUACUGGAUAUAUCAGUAGUGCUUAUUUCAUUGACUCAAGCACGCUAAUUACAGGUGGAACCGAUAGUCUUGUGUGUAUCUGGAAAGUGAAAAAUCAAAAGAACUUGGAGUUUGUAUUAUCUGAAUCUUUGAAAGGUCAUACAGAUGUAGUGACAACCAUAACAGCGUCAAGGCAAUAUAGCGUUGUAGUCACUGGUUCAGAGGACAAAACAGCAAUUAUAUGGGAUCUGAAUACUAAAAAAUAUGUAAAUUCAUUGAGAGGACAUGAAAGUAGUGUUCAACAUAUAGCUAUUAAUCAUACAACUGGUGAUAUAAUGACUUGCUCAGGAAAUACCAUUCGCUUAUGGACCAUUAAUGGUGACUUGUAUCUUACUAAAUCAGCGUGUCCUAGCUCUGAAUUCAUCCAAUCAUGUAUAUUCUUUGAGAGAAAACUCACUGAAUGGAGCAAUAAGGACCUGGUCAUAACGGGUCAUCGUAAUGGCAUUGUUAAAUUUUGGUUAAAGCAAAUCGAAGUGGAUGUAAAGACUGGACAAGAAAAAUGGUCCCUUGCCCUAGUUUAUCAGAUUAAACAUGAGAAUCGCUUUGAUAAGGCUUUAGACAAGUCUGAUAUUGUCGCAUUGGCAACCUCUAAUUCCAAAAAAACUUUGUUUACUGGAAAUAGACAUGGGCAAGUCUAUGCUUUUGUCUUGCCAGACACAACAGAUAACUUUCACUUUGUGAGAGAAGAAAAAUACAAGGAAUGUAUGACAUGUAAAAAGCCCUUUACUGUUCUCGAGAGGAGAAAUCAUUGUCGUACCUGUGGAGGUCUUUACUGCUCCUCGUGUAUGUCUAGCCAGCCAUUAGCUUGCCCUGAUAAGUCAACCAGGGUUUGUAAAUUCUGUUUUGAACGCCUUGAGCCUGUGUGUAAUAUUUGAUUUUCAAAUUAAAAUAAAAGAAUCACCAACAGGUCUUGUAGCCAUGUAAUUGCUCUCAACUCCAUAUCUUUUGAUUCACCGCUGAUUAGAGC